ACACGUUGUCCUUCUGUUAGAUGAAACAGGCCACUGCCAUCAUGUUCCUUCUUGACCAAUUCUCGUCCUGGGACCCUCAGAAACUUGACCAGCAUGUCUGCCGUCUCACUAUUGACAAAAUCUGCUGUUUCGAGUGAGUUACCAGCACGUUCAUAGAACACCUAACUUUGAAAGAAGGGCCGGUCCUAAGAGCAACAGAUGAAGACAUGGACCGCCAACAUUUCCUUAGUUGGAGGCCGGCUCACCAUAAGCAGGCAUGAUUCUAUCCUUCUUUUGAAAAAAUUGUAUUAAUUACAAUUGAUUCUUGGGGAGGCUGAUUUAUGCCUAUCUGGGAAGAUUUGUGGCUGCCACGUUUGUUGCCAACCAGAAAAUGAAGGAGGAAGAGCCGAGAGGAUCACAUAGAGAGAGUGCUGCUCUGUAACCUCCCAAAAAAACCAACGCCCAAAGAAUCAAUGGUGGGGGAUUCUCUCAUCAAAACGAGGAAAGCCAACGGUCUCAAGAGGUUUCUCAGUAAUUGAGGUGGCUCAAAAAAGGCAAGUCAACCCCUAAGAUCUCUCUCUCUCCCUCUCUCUGCACAGCCAGCCGACCAAAUGGCAUUAGUGGCUCUCACAUCCCCCUGCCAGCCUUUCCAGCCUUACACCCCACAACAGAUCAGAAGGAGAGAAAAAGGAAGAAAACUUUCUCCACUCCAUUUCCUCUUCCAGCAGACAAACACGCAGUCUCUCUCUGUCCCUGUCUCUGUCUCUCUCUGUACAUGCACACCAUUAGCUGUUUUGAGGGGAUGAAGGGAAUGAAGUAGGAAAAACGAAAAGGAGAGAAGAAGUUGGUUGAGUUGAUACAGCGCCUUAUGCCAAUUCAAGCAGAGAGAAAUGGUGGUCUGGUCUUGGAGAUUUGCUUUUAGUAGGCUAGUCUUCGGUCUUGCUUUUGAUCGAUAGAAGAUGUUUGAGAAGGGGAUGGUUGAAGGCAGGCAAGCACACAGUUUGGUGUUCGAACCUAGCAGUAAUGCGGUGGAUGAUAAGCUGCUGUUCAGGAGUGCAGGAUCAAAGUCGCCUUCGGACAGAGGAUCGGAUGGUCAGUUAGGAUCUUCUCUGCGGAAAACUACCAACGAGGCGCCAAAAUCAAGACUUGGCAAGGAUGGUCUCAGCAAGGACCGGCCGCCAUCAGACAUUGACUUGAUGAAGGAACGAUUUGCAAAGUUGCUGUUAGGUGAAGACAUGUCUGGAGGUGGAAAGGGAGUUUCAUCUGCAUUAGCCCUGUCCAAUGCAAUCACCAACUUGGCAGCUUCAGUAUUUGGAGAACAAUACCGGUUGGAGCCCAUGUCUGCGGAAAGAAAAGCAAGAUGGAAGAAGGAAGUUGAUUGGCUAUUGUCUGUGACGGAUUACAUUGUGGAAUUUGUUCCUUCGCAGCAGAUAGCUAAAGAUGGGACUAGCAUGGAGGUAAUGGUGACCCGUCAGCGGAAGGACUUGCUUGUUAAUAUCCCAGCCCUUCGAAAACUUGAUGCCAUGCUAAUAGAGUACCUUGAUAAUUUCAAAGAUCGGAAUGAGUUCUGGUAUGUUUCUAGAGACCAAGAAGAAGCAGAUAAAGGGAGUGCCCAGCAGAGACAGGGAGACAAAUGGUGGCUUCCUAAACCAAGAGUUCCCCCCGAGGGAUUGUCCGAUAUAUCAAGAAAAUGGCUUCAGUUUCAGAAGGACUCCGUCAACCAAGUCCUCAAGGCAGCAAUGGCCAUCAACGCGCAGGUGCUCACCGAAAUGGAGAUUCCUGAAGCGUACAUCGAAUCCCUCCCAAAGAAUGGACGAGCAAGCUUAGGCGAUUCAAUAUAUCGAAGUAUCACAGUGGAUAGCUUCGAUCCUCUACACUUUCUUUCCACCAUUGACCUCUCCACAGAGCAUAAAAUUUUGGACUUGAUGAAUAGGAUUGAAGCCUCGGUGAUAAUUUGGCAACGAAAGAUGCACAACAAGGAUGGAAAAUCAUCAUGGGGUUCUGCUGUAAGCUUGGAAAAAAGAGAGCAGUUCGAAGAAAGAGCAGAAACCAUUUUGCUUCUCCUUAAGCAGAGAUUUCCAGGAAUUCCUCAAUCUGCGCUUGAUAUCAGCAAGAUCCAAUACAACAAAGAUGUUGGCCAUUCUAUAAUAGAGAGCUACUCCAGAGUAUUGGAAAGCCUAGCAUUCACGGUCCUAUCACGAAUAGAUGAUGUUCUGUUUGUCGAUUCUCUCACAAGAAACCCUUCACUUGCCCAUCAGAAUAAUAGCCCUGGUAAGCCCCCAAAUACUGUAGAAAAGGUCAAGAAAAUCAACUCCGUGGAAGGUGGCGGAAAUGGCAUGACUCUAUCUGAUUUCAUGGGCUGGCAAGUUGAUCAAGAAACAGACUCGGAUAAGCAGGAUCAAACAGGUAAUCCACAGGACAUGAUGCAUAAAGAUGCGAAGUUAUUUGUGAAACCUGCCAACAUUGUGACAACCAAGAAGAUCUCUUACAUUGAGAAGCUUGAGAAUCUGGGUGGCCUUAGAAGCCCAACAUCAAGGCACUAAAACUUUUCGUGUAGAGAAAAAGAAGAAGAAAGUGUGUGCCAAUUUGAGCUCCUCAUGUUGUUGUUUUUCAGAAGAUUCACUAGUCUUGCUUGCAUCACAGCGUGCUUUCAACUCUUGUAUUGCAGCUGAAGAAUCCGAGCAGAUGACUUGUCCUGACUAGAGGCACAGAGGCAUGACAUAGUCACUAACUUCCCAUGACAGAAGCCUGAAGGACAUUGCUUCGAUUACAGAGCGUAGAUUGAUCAUUGUAGUUGUAUAAAUUUGGCAAAGGAAUCUUCGUGAGACCUCUUCUUUCCC